AUGCCCAAAGAGCUCCCCGUCCUCACAGUAGCCAACGCCACAACAUGGUCCCAAUGGCUCUUCCGCGAAGCCGAAACUUCUGUCGGCGUCUGGCUCACCCUGGCCAAAAAGGGCGUGACAACUCCCACUUCCCUCACCUACGCCCUCGCCCUGGACGAAGCGCUCUGCCACGGCUGGAUCGACGGCCAAGCCCGCCGCAACGACGCCUCCACCUACUACCACCGCUUCACUCCUCGUACGAAAACGAGUUCCUGGUCGCAGCGCAACGUCGCCCACAUCGCGCGUCUGGAAGCAGAAGGGCGGAUGACGGCGAGAGGGUUGCUGGAGGUGGAGAAGGCGAAAGCGGAUGGGAGGUGGGAGAGGGCGUAUGCGGGGCAAGCGGGUAUGGUGGUUGAUGGGGAGUUGCGGGCUGCGAUUGAGGGGGAUGAGGAGGCGAGGGCGGGGUGGGAGGAGUUGGGGAGGGGGGAGAGGUAUGUGUUGUGCCAGAGAUUGGGGGCGUUGAAGACGGAGGUGGGGAGGAGGAGGAGGAUUGGGGGCAUUGUUGAGGGGUUGAAGCAGGGGAGGGCAGAGGAUGGGGUGGUGGGUGGUGGUGUUGGGGUGGGUCCUAGUGGGAGUGCUUCUGUGAAGCCGACGAAAGCGGUGUCGAGCGCCACACCGACGAGAGUUGUGAAAGCGACUAGGAGUCUGCGUGACGGGUCGAGUGAGGGCAAGGACAAGAUACGGUAG